AUGAAUUACUUUGAAUAUCCAAAUAGCAAAAUAUAAGAUUAUGAUCCUGAUAAAGUAUAUUUUCAACUACCAUAAGACGUCUAAGAAGAAGGGAUAAUAAAGCAUAUAGACUCAUAUAGGAUUUAAAAUACUAAGCUGAUAAUUUCAUACUUCCUUUUUUUUGCAACUUGUGGUAUUCUUUACUUGUUUACUCGCUAAAGCAUUGCUUUUAAGAUCAAGCUUUAGCUAAUUAAAUGUCAAUCAUCUUAGGCUAAAUUUAUGAGGAUUGUUUCCAAAGACGAUUAAAUUACUUUAGUGAGAUUAGAAACAAAAUCAAUGAAGUUUAAUGAUAAACCAUAGCAAGAUUAUCUAAUAUUUAGUUAUAGACUAUAUACUUAUUAUUAUGACAGCAUUUAAAAUUGUUUUUUACCUAUAUAAUUUGCAGUUAAUCUCUUAACUAAUAACGAAAUAUAUUAGUAACAUGGAUUUGGUAUCCAAAGUUAGGACAAAUUUAAGGAUUUAGUUUCAAUAUAUGGAUAGAAUAAUACUGAAAUCCCUGAUAAAUCCACCAUAAAAAUACUUAUAGAUGAGGUUCUUUCCCCAUUCUACAUUUUCUAGAUCUUUAGUAUAAUCCUAUGGAUUCUUGAACCAUAUUAUUACUAUGCUGGAAUUAUCUUUUUUACUUCUGCAUUGUCAUGUAUUGUAACUUUAAUCGAAACAAAAAAUAAUUACAAAAAACUUAGAGAAAUGAGCUUCUUUGAAACUGAUGUCUUUGUUUACAGAGGAAUUUCUCAAUAUAUCAAAUUAGAAGGAGGAUUUAUCAUAGACAGAGAAAUUUCAAACUAUAAAUAAAAGGUUAGUUCUUUAGAUUUAGUUCCUGGAGAUAUUAUUGAAAUUCCAGAUGGGUAAAUACUUCCAUGCGAUGUUAUCCUUUUGAAUGGAUCAAGUGUUAUGAAUGAGUCUAUGCUUACUGGAGAAUCUAUACCAAUAAUAAAACCUGCUUUACCCUUUAGCAAUAGCAAAUAUAAUCCAAACGAAGAUGGUAAAUAGUCAACUUUAUUUGCUGGAACUAAAUGCAUUGAAACAAGAUAUCACUUAAAAGGUUCUGUGCCAAUACUUGGUUUAGUAAGUUCAACUAGUUUUAACACAAUGAAGGGUUAAUUAGUCAGAUCUAUUCUCUAUCAAAAACAAAAUUCAUUUUCAUUUUAUGUAGAUUCUUUGAAAUUUAUUUUAGUUCUGGCGUUAAUCUCUAUUUUAGGGUUCUUUUUCUCUCUUCCAUUUUUAAUUAGAGGUUAUAAUUUACAUAUCAUAGAGUUAAGAGAUUUGAUUUUAAACAGUUUGGAUUUGGUCACUAUUACUGUUCCUCCUGCUUUACCAACUUGCUUAUCAAUUGGAAUUUCAUUUGCCAUUUCAAGACUGAAAAAAUAAAAAAUUUAUUGCAUCUCACCACCAAAAGUUAACAUUAGUGGUAAAGUUACAAUUAUGUGUUUUGAUAAGACAGGAACUCUUACUGAAGAAGGUUUAGAUAUGUAUGGAUUAAAGUCAGUUAAUUAUUAAGGACCUAAUAAAAUUAACUUUGCUAAGCUUGAAGAAGAAACUUAUAGGCUAGGAAUGGGUAAAGACUUAAAGCUAAAUGGCAAAGUUGAGCAAGAGCAUAUAUAUGGAGAAGAAAAUCCUUUUUCUUUGAUAGGAGAUCCUGAUUUAAUUUUAAAAGAAUGCAUGGCUAGUUGUCAUGGAGUAACAAUAAUCAAAGGCGAGUUAAUUGGAGAUCCUUUAGAGGUAAAGAUGUUCGAAGCUACUGAGUGGGACUUAAUAGAAUAAAAUUUAAGUGAAUAUUCAGAGCCCGUUUUAGCUGUUGUCAAAUCUACAAACAGAAAUUUAGUUGAGGAAUAGAAAAUAAAAUAAUAAUUCAAUUAGAACAAUUAAUCACAUACUAAAUUAGGUAUCGUAAAAAGAUUUGAAUUCUCCUCAAAACUUUAAAGGAUGAGCACUAUUGUAAAAAAUUUAGAUUUUAAUACCAACUUUUACAAGUUGUAUGUCAAGGGUUCUCCUGAAAAAAUUUUCGAAUUGAGCAAUCCUUCUACUAUCCCAUAAAAUUUCCAUGAAGUUUUAGAUUUUUAUGCAAGAAAAGGAUUCAGAGUUCUUGCCUUCGGAAUCAAAGUACUCAAAAUGAAUUAAUUUUAGAUCCAAUAGCUAGAAAGAGAUGAAGUAGAAAACAAUUUGACAUUUACUGGUUUAUUAAUUAUGGAAAAUAAACUGAAGCCUAUCACAACAUCUAUUAUUGAGGAACUUUAAGAAGCAAACAUUCGCACAAUUAUGGUCACAGGUGAUAAUGCACUUACAGCUAUUAGUGUUGGAAGAUAGUGUAAAAUUUUAGAUGAGAAAAAAAGAGUUUACUUUGGUGACUUAAGUGACGACCCAACUCAAAAAGAUAAAAUUAUAUGGAAAGAUUUUGAAAACGGUUAAAAGUAACUAAAAGAAGACAAUCUAGAGCCUGAAAAUGGAGUGAUAGAAUACAAAGAACAUUAAAUUCUAGAAAUUUAAGAAGAAAAAUUAAUAAUUUAGAAGGCACAAUAAUUAGAAAGUGUUGAUAGAAGAAUUUCUUUGAUGUAAUAAAAUUAAAUGAAUAAAUCUAAAAAAAGGAAUCAAACCUAGUUAGUUGUGUAAAGUUCAAAAAUUUAUAGACAAAGAGCCAAGACUUAAAUGAGUCAAUAAAAUAAUUAAUAAGCUUUGACUGAAUAAGAAGAGUUAAAAUCUUAACCUAAUAUAAAAUAAUAAAAUCAAUAGUCAAUUAUUAUACAAUAUUCAUCAGACAGUAAUUAAAUCUACAAUAGUGACAAGUAAAAUCAAAGUUCGGGAUUGUAAGAACAAUAGGAAAUAGCUGCUUUAAAUGAUGAUAUUUAAGAUUUAGUUCCUUGGAAUAACUCUGAAGAGAGCUAUACUUUAGCUAUUACUGGUAGGGCUUUCUCAGCGAUCAUUAAUUAGUCUAAUUAAAAUAAUGAAAAGGCUCAACUUUUAAGAACUAUGCUACUUAAAACAUAAAUUUUUGCAAGAAUGAGACCUGAAGAAAAAGCAUAGUUACUUUAAUAGCUAUAGGAGUUGCCUUGGAAACCUACUUGUGGUAUGUGUGGUGAUGGAGCUAAUGAUUGUGGAGCUUUAAAAACAGCAGACAUGGGAAUCUCUUUGUCAGAUGCCGAGGCUUCAAUAGCUGCACCAUUUACAUCUAAAACUUAAGAUAUUUCUUGUGUAGUCUAAUUACUCAAAGAAGGAAGAGCAGCACUAGUGACAAGUUUUUCAUGUUUUAAGUUUAUGGCUUUGUAUUCAAUGAUUUAAUUUUUUACUACAACCAUUUUAUAUACUGUUAACUCUCUACCAGGGGAUAUGCAAUUCUUAUAUUGGGAUCUUGUUAUCAUUAUACCUCUUGCUUUCCUAAUGGGCCUUACUGACUCUUAUCCCACUCUAUCUAAGUAGGUUCCAGGUUCAAGUCUUAUUUCAUUCCCUGUAUUAUGUUCUGUGAUUGGAAUGACUUUUUUAAAUGGAGGAUUUUAAGUAAUUAUGUUCUUUAUCUUAAGAGCUCAAGGUUGGUAUAUGUCAGUUUAUGACAGUCAUUCUUAUAUAGGUGAUUUUGAUGAUCCAGAUUCUCGUAAAAGUUGUUAUGAAUCAACAGUGUUAUUUUUAUUUUCUAAUUUUUAGUAUAUUUCUACUUGUGUAGCAUUUUCAAUUGGCAAACCGUUCAAGAGAGAAUUUUAUACAAAUAAAUGGUUUACAAUAUCACUCUUUUUGAUUCUCAUAUGCUCUCUUUAUAUUUUACUUUUACAUGAUAGCUUCACCACUAGUUUCUUAAACAUUUUUGAGUAAGUUAAGUAGAAAAAUGCUGAACCAAUAUCUAAAAUGCCUUAUAGUUUUCUAUUAGUCAUCUUAGGAGUAGCUUGUGCUAGUUUUAUAGUUAACAUUCUAUAUGAAAAAUAUGUGGUUGUAAAAUUAGCUAUCAUGUUUAAAAAUAGAAAAGACGAAAAAAGAAGUAAAGAAAUCUUGGUACCUAUCUAGAAAUUUUAAUCUUGA